GGAAAUUAACAACGUGACACUCAGCGGAAGGAAAUAAAACAAGCACUAGUAGCGUUAGCUGUGUGCUGUAAGAUGAUAUUGUAGACAUAGCGCAGCUGGGUAUUGAAUUUUUAAUUAAGAACAACAAUGUCUUCAGUUGAGUUUCUGAGAGAGUUUGUCAGCGAGCGACUAACUGCUGCUGCAGAAGAAAUAUUAGGAGUUUUUGGGAAAACUGUCCUCAAGUACGAAGAAGAAAUCGAUCGUCAGCGCAGACUGCUGGAUAUCAUUUGGAAACCCGAAAUAAAGUUACACAGAACAGAGCUCCCACAGCAACAUGUCUGUAAGGAAGAGGAGGUUCUCGCUGACCAGCAGCUCUGUAUUGAGGAGAGGAACUCCAGUCUGGACCAGGAGGACCCAGAGCCUCCACAGAUUAAAGAGGAACAGGAGGAACUCUGCAGCAGUCAGGAGGGAGAGCAGCUCGUACUGAAGCAGGAGACCGAUGCCUUUAUGUGGAUUCCUGCUUAUGAGGAAAGUGACGACAGUGAACCAGAACCAAACAGAGACCACCAGCUCCUCUCUCACAGCUCUCAUGUAGCUGAGAGUCAAGAUCAGACAGGAGACAAGCAUGAAGACCUAGGGUCAAAUAGAGUUGCAGAAUCAGAACCAAAGGAGAGAUGUAACAAAAGUCAUAGUAACAAUGUACACAACUCUACCAUGUCAAAACGUCACUGUCAUACUCGCAGAGGUAAAACAUCAUGUGACAGUUGUGGAAAAUCUUUUAAGUGUAAGUCAAAAUUGCAGCGAUACCUGAAUAUCCGCACAGGUGAGAAGCCAUAUUUUUGCAGCAUCUGUGGGGAAAGAUUUAUAGAGACAUCAGUGUAUCAAAUUAGAAUCUGUUCAGGUGAGAAGCCAUAUACUUGCAAAAUAUGUGGGAAAGGUUUUAAAAAGAGAGGUCACUUGGUAGGCCACAUGAGAACCCACACAGAUGACAAACCAUAUUCCUGCGAGACAUGUGGGAAAGGUUUCAGAUUUUGCUAUAACUUGAAAGUGCACAUGAGAAUGCACACUGGUGAGAAGCCAUUUCCUUGCAAGACAUGUGGGAAAGCUUUCACCUCUAGUGGUUACUUGACAAUCCACAUGAAAACCCACACUGGUGAGAAGCCGUUUCCUUGCAAGAUAUGUGGAAAAGCUUUCAGCUCUAGGGGUCAAUUGACAGUCCACACGAGAAUCCACACAGGUGAGAAGCCGUUUCCUUGCAAGACAUGUGGGAAAGCUUACAGCUCUAGUGGUCACUUGACAAUCCACAUGAGAACCCACACUGGUGAGAAACUGUACCUUUGCAAGACUUGUGGGAAAAGAUUCUUUAAUAAGUCAGGACUGAAAAUGCAUAUUCGAACCCACACAGGUGAGAAGCCAUUUACUUGCAAAACAUGUGGGAAAGCUUUCAGUCAGAAGGGUAACAUGACUGUCCACAUGGGAACCCACACAGGUGAGAAGCCGUAGCACCACAGCAAGUGGUGUAAAAUGGACUUUGAGGUGUCUGAUUUGUCAAGGCAGAUAAAAUCACAUACAGGCAAGUAGUUUUGGAAUUUCAAAAUAUGCGGGAGCCAAUUGAGUGGUUCAAUUCUAGUGGUUUGUCGUCAGAGGACACAAGAACUCAGAAUAAUUGCAGGACUUGAGGGAAAAGUUGUACUCAAAUCACAUACUUGAAAACGCGUUUGAGGAUCAGGAGAAACCAUCAAGCUGAACUCGUGAAGACGUGUUCAUCUACUGAAUGAAAAACACUUAUGGAUGUAUUACACUAUUAAUCUCAGUAUCUUUGUGUAAAGUUUCCCUUGAUGUGACAGAACUGCUUAUAUUUCUGUUGGCAACAGUAUUUCUUUGAAACAGUCAUAAUCUCCCAAAUAGAGUAAAAAUGUUAGUUUCACAGUUAGUGUACUGUAGUGGUUGUUAAAGGAUAAAGUCUGUAUUUUUAAACCUGGGCCCUAUUCUUUUUAUUUUUAUUUUUUUUUACAUAUUUUGGUGUUGAAAUGACUAGUAGAUACAAGGACAAUUCCAUCUGUGGAAUCUCGGGACAGACAAGUGAUAAAUCAGUCUGAGCAAAAGGCAAAAAGGAGCACGUAAUUUUGACGGCACAAUUGCCCCAAAGGAAGACGUUGCAGCCGGUUUGCGGAAGCCAUCUACUGCAAGUAUUCCAAAACUUUCCACCCCAAAAUAUGUAAAAAUAGGGCCCAGGUAUAAAAAUACUAAAAUUACCCUCGGAAGUAAUGCUGUGUUCUUGAUGAUUGUGGUUUUUGACAAAUGUUUAUUUAUGAAGUGUCUUGGAAUUGUUUUUUGUUUAAACUUUAACAAGGACUUAAACUCCAUGUACCAAGUUGUAUUGAUGGUAGACCCCUACACAUCUUUGAAGUUGAAUGUCUGACAUCACUUUUUUAAAUAACUAAAUAAGAAGUCUUAUUAAA